AUGAACAACUUUGGAGCUUACGAGUGGGAAUGCAUCGAGCGUGGUGAGAUGGAAGCGGCGGCCAGAAAUAUGAAUUGCAACGGAAUUGGGAAGCCAUGGGCAAGUCCAUGUGCCGCUUGUAAGAUUCUGAGAAGAAGGUGUGGUGAGAAAUGCAUACUUGCUCCCUACUUUCCACCCAACAAUCCACACAAGUUUUCUACCGCACACCAUGUUUUCGGAGCAAGUAACAUAAUCAAGAUGCUUAAGGGUAUUCCAACCGACCGAAGAGCUGAUGCAAUAAGUAGCAUGGUGUAUGAAGCGAAUGCACGGGUGAGAGAUCCUAUUUAUGGAUGCGCAGGGACUGUAUGUCAGCUGCAGUACCAAAUUUCACAGCUACAAUCUCAAUUAGCAGCAGCACAGGGAGAGCUGAUGGCCCUCCAUACCCACCAUGCUAAUAUUCUAUCCUCAGUUUCACUGUGUUACACAUCGAAAGAAGAUGCAGAACCCACUGAAAGUGACCCACAAUAUAACGAAAACAAUGAAUACAACAUCGAUGAAUUAUUCUCAGAUUAA